GUGUCGUGGUGCAUUCUAGCGCGCUGAUCACGCAGGGCCAGGUGUUUUUGGUUUUUUUUUUAGUUAUUUUUAAUCGUAAUGCAUCGAAUAUAGUUUUCAGACAAAGAAUAAUUAUAAAGAAAGCUUGGACGAGGAAUUUAGACGAUUAAAGAAACGAGAUUUAUUGCAGACGUACUUCUUUAAAAUGGCUUGUCGUGCCUUUGGACCGCCAAAACACAGGGAUCGGGUCAUCGUCGCACCUCCAAUGUCGAAAUGUACUGUUUCACUCGAGACAUGUAGCCGAGAUAAAAUUCCCGCUUUGCCCAUAACUACUAUGCUGGCAAACGAGAGCGAAGCGGCCCAGUGGUACAAAAGUUAUCCCGCGGGGAAAAGCGUGCAGGACGCAGACUGGAUCAGCGCGAGACGGGCUUUUCGCGAGGGGCUUGACGGCUUGGGUAAUCUAGACAAAUGGUUCUAUAGCAAACCGUGCCUCACGGAAAUUGAACUUCUUGUGAUAGAUCGUGGGAAACAACCUCAGAAAAUGCUGCCUGGUGUACUCCCUGACACGACCAAGGUGACUCGGCCCCUGAACAGAGAGACGUUACAGAUGCAAGCGGGCCGUAAGACUCAAGACGAGGAGGCGAAGAAGAAAAGACAUGUGCGAACUCGCGACGAACGCGCUACUGAGCGCUCCAAACAGGAGACAGCUGGAUCUAGAACGCUGGAUCUAGAACAGGGCGAAAUACUGCAACAGUACAGGAGGGAUGACAUAAACAGGGAGGAGAUUCUGGCCAACCCAGAAACCGUGCAGAUGGGCAGUAACACCAAGAAAAGCCAUUCUUACCCAUCCUCUCUGGGAGGACCCACAGGCGAUUUUGUGGAUGGCUUCAGGAGACAGUGUCUGCAGGAAUACCUAGACUCCCUAGAGCUGAGCCAACAGCAGGGCCUGGCUAUCAGCCGGUGUACACUACAGAAAGCCUUGUUGUACCCUGGAGAUGUGGGUGUGCGCAAGGAGCCGGUGUUCAGGCAAGCAGCCUCAGGUGUUCUCCCAGGCUGUUGGGGCCGUGGGAGAGACUGUGUGUCUUAUUGCGGUCCUCCAAUAAAAGGAAAAGAGGACGAGAACAUCGACCAAGGAGCAUUGGCACCACGUAAAGGCCACAAAGAAACGAAUAAGAGGCAGCCUCUGACCCGACGUGCAACCACUUGCGCCUUCUGGCCAGGUCACGAUGGCCAUGUGCGAGUUUAUGAGCCUGUCAUGUCUCGCCGUCCCGAGGGUGUACUAUUUUAUCACGUUGAACACCCACCAGAUCCAAGCCCAGGACACUGGCCUGUCAAUCAGGCGGGAUACUCCACCUCUGGAGACAUCAAUGGGUGCAGAAUCUAUACCUUGUAGUUGACUGUGACACUCUACAGCCUACAUAAUGAUUUCAAACACCCUCUUGAACCCUCUGCUACCUUCUAGAACCUAUUUCAUAUUCUAGCCUUCUUCUACAACCUUAUAUUCAAGUCUCCUUCUAGAAUCCUCUCUUUAGUAAAUGUGGAUUGGCCCUUAUAUUUAUUUGCUCUUAAGAUCUUAAAUGAACUGUCAGAUUAGUGUUUGACCUAAAUUCUGCAGGCUAGAAGAUCUACAGAGAAGCCCUCUUAUUUCCCACACUACUGUGCCAGAGUCUGUCAAGAACCUGGAGGAUCAAAAAACCUCCAGUUUAGAAUCUUCUUGAGAACAACCUCAUGACUGUUUUAGUAUCAUCACUAGUAUGAUUCAAUAAGUAAUAGCUUGAUGUAGUAAAUAAGAUCAUGCUUAUUGAAAACGUCUGCUUAUUGACUUUUUGCCAUUCAUUGUAUUUCUAGGGUCAGCCACCCAAGAUUUACAACAUAUUGAUACUUGUAAAUGUUGACCCUGUUGAAAGUAAUAGUAAACAAAAGGUACAUUGUUUAGUUUCCAAGACCUCUUGAAGUUGAUGCCUAAUUUGACCACUAGGUGGUAGUAUUACAGAGCAUAAUACAGUUAUCCAUAAUACAGGAUAAUCUAAGAACUACAACUGUUUUGUCACAGAUGACAUAUAAGGUAUGUUACGUUUCUGGGUUAUGCAUAAGUAAAUAUUACUUUUCAAUUUCUCAGUUUAGUUAGUAUUGUUUGUAUGCAUGUGCUUUUAAUAGCCUGUUGAAGAUCUAUGAUUUGCAUUCGGAAGCAAGAGUGGGUGUAGGUGUGGGUGUGUUGUAUUUGUUUACUCAGAUGUAGAUAAUUCACAUCUUCAAGUGAGAAUGUCACAUAUAACGAGAGCAGUUUUAGGUGGAAGCUAGGAAGAUGUCCCGCAUUUUAAGUUCGCUCCUGACGACUCGUGAGAACGGACUGCUCGUCACCCUCGUGGGCCAGGACUGCAGCGUCUCAGCGUGUGCAGUGGUUCAGUUGUAUCUGGCGACUGCAGCUCGUAAUGGUCAAAAGUCAGAAUGGGAAAUUCAUAGUUGCGGAGUUGUGUGCCUGGUGCAAGACAGAAGAUUGAAUUCAACAUUUAUGCGGCUGUUCUGUGUCAAGAGGGCCAGGUUACUUUGGGAACAAGAGCUGUAUACACCUUUUCAGUAUUCAACUCCUUGCCACUAUUUCCACACCUUCCCCAGUGAUGACUGUCAAGCAGGGCUGAACUUUGCUAAUGAGGAAGAGGCUAGCAGAUUCUGCAGUGCUGUGCAAAAUUGCAUCAGCAGUACUAACGCAUCUCGUGUACUGGUGCGCACUCACAGUCUGGACUACACCUCGCUGUGGCUCCUGAGAGACAAGCUCAAUACAUGCCUGACUUUUUCCUCAUCAGGCAGACGAACUCCAGCCACUGUUGACAUGGAGGUGAGCAAUCAAACUUUCAGACCCGGGACCAACAACGUUAUGAGUUCUUCCACAACUAACCAGUCAUGCACCUGGUCAAGGUCCCUCUCCGACGCCAAAGCUGCAUCUGUGUCUUUGGCCCAGAGGAAGGGACCUCUGCCACCCAGCCCUUAAAAUGCAAGCGCAGCUUCAUUUAGCCAUAAUCACAACACUGAUAUGCAAAACCUUACUGCUAGUUUUUUCAUCCCACUCCCUCUGCCUUACCCAGACCCCAAAGUGAAGGGAAAUCUAGCUGAAGUAAAGAAAAGUUCCAGCUUUUCUCCGAUGAGUAAACAGCAAGGCAACCCACCAUUUUGUAACCUCGCACAUGACAUUUAGAUAUACACUGAAUUGCCACUUUAUUAGAGACACCUGCCCUUUCACUAUUAGAGCGUCCCUGUAGGGAAGCUUUGUACAUGACCCUGGAGUGCAGCAUAAAAUCAGGUGAGCAAAUUUUCUGUGGUGCAGUUUCAGUGUGAAUCCACAUUAGAAUGGGAAAAUUGAACAAACUGACUGACUUCAAAUGAGGCAUGGUCAUCAGUGCCAGACUAGCCUGUUCCAGUAUUUCAAAAACUGCCGUCCUUGUGGGGUUUUUGGCAAAUUGCGGCCAAAUUCAGCAGUGGUGGUCCAGUUCACAUGUUCAAAUGCACAAUUCAUUGCUCUUUAGCAUGGAUGGGCUAUAACAGCAGAUUAGCAGUUAAAGUGCCAUUGUCAAUGGAAAAUGGAAAGGCAAGUCUCCAAUUGGUAAAAGUGUGUAAAAAUUGGAUCAUUGGGAAAUGGAAAAACUUCACCUGGUCAGAUGAAUCCAAAUUUCUGUUGCACCAUGCUAACUGGAGGGUCUGAAUUUAGUGCAAGCAGCUUUGAUGAACUCUUCCUGUUAGGUGUUAACAGUUCAGGCUGGUGGAAGUUGAGUAAUAGUGUGGGGAAUGUUUUCUUGGAACACCCUGGCUCCUCUGAUACCUGUGGAUGGACAUUUGGUAUAUUGGGGCUUGGCUAAGUAUUGAAGCUUGGCUGACCAAGUUCAUCCCUUCACGGCAGCUGUUUACCCUAUGACAAAAGGAUACUUUCAGCAGGACAAUGCGCCAAGCCACAAAGGUUUGAAAUCAUGUCAUGGAUUCAUCCAGGAACAUGACACCAAGUUUUCUUUGUUUCAUUGUCCUUGACAGCUGCUCGCAAUCCUAUAGAGCAUUUCAGGUACAAGGUAGAACAGGGUGUUCAGAGCAUGUGAGUACCUCCAUCUAAUUUACAGUAACUGAGAAAUGAUCCCGUCUGCAUAAACCAAGAUUCCUGUAGAACAAUUUCAACACCUAGUAGAAACUGCCACAAAUUGUUGUGGUUCUGAAGGCCAAAAGGGACCAACAUGCUACUAGAUGGAGGUCUCUAAUAAAGUGGCAUUUCACUGUAGAAAUAAAGCACAAGCAUUUAUCAUGUGGGUUUUAUUAUUUGUUAGUGUGAGUUUAAUUGUACUGUAGGAAAGAAAUUAUGUUGCCAUGAAGCAUUGAAGCCUGCAUUCUAUAAAUUAAUCUGCUUUUUGCUCCCCACCCCCCAGUUUGCAGACGACUGCUGACACUGUUUUGAUUAAUGUUUAAUACCUUUAGUACUUAGUUUUUGUUGUUUGUCUCUGUGUUUGCAGCUAACUCAGAAAGUGAGAGUUAUGAGGAUCGGUUCAGUGUAUUUAAAGACCAGUAUAAAAUCCCCUGCCGUUUCUCUACUGUGGCACUUUCAUUAAAGCUUAAUCACUGUUGCAGUAAAGCCUGAAUGGGAAUGAUAUGUCUCUCA